ACAGAGUAAAUCCUGAAUCGGACCCAAAAAACCGACAGAAUCCAAAUUCCAAAACUCACCAAGGACCCGGGAAUGGAGAACAAGCCUCGACAUGACCCGAACCCGGAUUCAAAUCGACCCGAAGAACCAGAGCUCGACCUCUACACCAUACCGAGCUACUCCAGUUGGUUUGCUUGGAACGAUAUUCACGAAACAGAGAGGCAAGCAUUGAAAGAAUUCUUCGAAGGCAGCUCAAUCUCAAGAACCCCUAAAAUCUACAAGGAGUACAGGGAUUUCAUCAUCAACAAAUACAGGGAAGACCCUUCUCGCCGCCUCACUUUCACCGAAAUCCGCAAAUCCCUCAUCGGAGACGUCACUUUACUCCACAAGGUCUUCCGCUUCUUGGAAACCUGGGGUUUGAUCAACUUCCUCGCCCCGCCUCCACCCCACGAAGGUUCCGAGAACGAUGAUAGGGUCCGGGUCGAAAACGGGGCCCCGAAUGGAGUCCGGGUCGUCGCUACUCCUAAUUCGUUGCGGCCGCUUUCGGCGCCGGUCGUUAAGGGUAAGAACAGUGGUGGUGGGGUUGAAGAGAGUGGAGUCAAGUUGCCUCCCCUGGCUUCAUAUUCUGAUGUUUUUGGUGAUUUGAAGAGACUACAUUGUGGUAGUUGUGGAGAUAAUUGUCAUUCUGGGUACCAUGAAUAUAAAAAGGAUACUUUCAUAGUUUGCGAUAAAUGCUUCAAAAAUGGAAAUUAUGGCGAGGACAAGUCUAUGGAUGAUUUCGAGUUGAAAGAUUGCCGUGAGAAGAGUGCUGCCAAUGGUACUGUGUGGACCGAAGCAGAAACUCUUCUUCUUUUGGAUUCUGUUCUGAAACAUGGAGAUGACUGGGAUCUUGUUGCUCAAAAUGUUCAAACCAAGUCUAAACUUGAUUGUAUUACAAAGCUCAUUGAGCUGCCUUUUGGGGAGUCUUUGAUAGAUUCUGCCAAGGGAAGGGGCAAUUCCAGCGGUACAAGUAUGAGCAUGAAUGGCAUAAAACCAGUUGUUGUUCCUUCAUCUGAGGAUCAAGAGAAUAUUAUAAACGAGGAUCAAGGUUAUGAUGGUGCAAAUGAGAACGAAAAGAAUGGGGAUUCUGAGAAUCAAGAGCCUCCUUUGAAGAAAAAACGCACUGCUUCCACUUCAGAUGCUGAUAGUUCUCUCAUGAAGCAGGUUGCUCGCAUCUCUACCAUGGUUGGGCCUCAAAUCACUGCUGCUGCAGCUGAAGCUGCAGUUGCGAUGCUUUCUGAUGAAAUGUCUUGUCCGAGGGAAAUUUUUUAUGGUGAUCAUAUUGAUUUAACUAAUGGGUCGCUAUCUCCUUCAAUUUAUCAGCAAGAAAGAGCUCAUAAUACAGAAGAGUCAGAGAUAAAGGAGAGGUCUAAUCCAUCAGACUCUCUUGCAGAAUCUCAAGAGACACAUCCGAAGAAGAGUGACAUACCUUUACCAUUGCGAAUUAGAGCGGCAGUUGCAACAGGUCUUGGAGCAGCAGCUGCUCAUGCCAAAUUAUUAGCUGUGCAGGAAGAGAAGGAGAUUGAACAUUUAGUUGCAACCAUAAUCGAAGCACAAUUAAAGAAAUUGAACUCCAAAAUCAAGCAUUGUGAAGAUGCGGAGCUUCUAAUGGAGAAGGAAUAUGCUGCAAUCGAGGGACUUAAGGAGUAUAUCCUUGGAGAGCGGAUUAAUAUCUUACGAACAACGUAUAACACUGGUACAUCCAAAUUGUUAGAGCACAGUUCUGUACAAUCACAAACCAGCAACUUAGGUUAACGUGUUUUAUAGGUCAGGGUAGUGAAGCAAGAGAUGCCAUUAACAUCAGAAUUUAGGGUUUUUAGUUAAUGCUUUUGAUUAGUAUCUUUAGAACCUCGUUUUAAUAUCCAUGCAAUUACAUCUCUUCCCUCUAUUGUUGUUAGUAGGAGUUAAGGGCAAUUAAAUAACGGCAUUUGUAACAUUUGCAUGAUAAAGAUUCAUUGUUUCAAUGUUUUGGUAGAAAUUGAAGUAGCUUUGCAUUUUCUGGUCA